AUGAAAAGUUUCACAGCCUUCUUCCUCGCGAUUGACGCGGCAUUUGGAGCGACCGGUGUACUUCCUUUAACCGGGACACAAAAUCCAUUGCGGUUCUCACCUAACGGUCCGGCUGUCUCAAAUACAAUACUCGAUCACAUCGUUGACUCGAGUCCUCUGCUAUCGUUCCACCGCGAUAUCGUAAAAUUUCAAUCCAUCAGCGAGAAUGAAGCUGACGUCGGUAAUUACAUUAUACGAUUUUUAGAGUCAAAGAACUUUACAGUUGUGAAGCAACAUGUUUCGGCACAGGGUCCAGAGCGGUUCAAUGUUUAUGCUUACAUUGGCAACAAUUCCUCACCGGAUGUCCUAGUCACGUCUCAUAUCGAUACAGUGCCGCCAUAUGUGCCGUACCAACUGAGUUAUCCUAAUACCGACUCUGAUGGUAAAAUUGAUAGACGAGCAGUUCGCAUUCACGGCCGCGGCACAGUCGAUGCCAAAGCCAGCGUGGCCGCCCAGAUUUUUGCGGUCCUAGAAACACUACAACAUACUGCUGAUGCAUCCCUCGCGCUGCUGUUUGUAGUUGGCGAAGAAAACAGCGGUGUGGGCAUGAAUACAUUUUCUAAUUCGAAAUAUAAUGCACCGUCGCCAAACUCCUUCCAAACAAUUAUUUUCGGGGAGCCCACCGAACUGAACCUAGUCGCUGGUCACAAAGGUGGCUUUGGAUUGACACUCACGGCGACGGGGAAAGCUGCACAUUCAGGCUACCCGUGGCUUGGGCGAAACGCCAUUUCGCUGCUGCUGCCGGUUGCAAGUCUCAUUGAAAAUCUGGGUAAUGUUCCAGUCGAAGAAGGAGGUCUCCCAGGAAGCACCAAGUAUGGAAAUACGACGGUGAAUCUGGGUCUUAUACAAGGCGGCAUUGCAGGCAACGUGGUACCAGCUUCGGCGCACGCGAGUUUCCUUGUGCGGCUGGCUUCGGAGACACCAGAGAAGGCGAAAAGUAUCAUAUACAAUGCUGUGCAGAAUUUUACCGGUGGUAACCCUGACAUUCAGGUGGUAUUUUCGUCCAGCGGUACAUCACCAGUGGACCUGGAUGCCGAUGUUGAAGGUUUCAAUGUCACAACUGUCAACUACGGGACGGACAUACCGCAUUUGGCUGUUCAUGAGAGAGCCGGUCAAAAGGUGAAGCGAUAUCUUUAUGGGCCCGGAAGCAUUCUCGUUGCGCACUCCGACAUUGAAGCAAUAGACGUUGGGGAACUGGAAGACGCCGUCAAGGGUUACCGCCAACUAAUAGAACAUGCAUUGAACAGAGACUAA